UGGUGGUUCCCGGCGCUAAAGAUGAAGCAUGGACAGAGGGCCGGUCCACGUGCAUGUCUGCCUUUUAAUGCCAAGUCUGUGAAUACAGUACCCCCAGAGCAAGAUGACUGGAAGCACUGGGCUGAAGUGUGAGAAUACUUAUCAAGAGCUAAGAGAGAAGAAUAUUCAGGAGAAACAUGCCGUUCUUGCAGAGUUAGGAGUAACCCCAAAGAUCAAGUUCCAAUUCCCAGGAAUCUAUCCAAAAGAUGAGGUAGUCAAGGCAAAAUCAAAGAGUCCAGCAAUCAAAAAGAGUGGGAAUAAGUAUCAUCCUUACUCUACACCAGUGAGGCGCUCCACGCGUAUUGCUUCACGGGGUGGUGGAGAGCUUGACCAAAAUGAGUCACUGGAGGAGAUCAAGGUGUUUGACUGGGAUGAAGAUGUACAAGGACGACCCAAGAUUGUGAUAGAAAAGAACAGACCAAAUGUGUAUGGAGUGAUUCCCGGUAUUCCAGUUGGGACAACAUGGGACUCCCGCAUGGAGUGUUGUGCUGCAGGAAUACAUAGGCCAACUGUUGCUGGAAUUCAUGCUGGAGGAGAAGGUGCAUACUCUUUGGUGGUGUCAGGGGGUUAUGAGGAUGACAAUGAGAAUGAUCAAGGUGACAUCAUCAUCUAUACUGGCGAAGGUGGUCGUGAUCUCAAAGGCACCAAAACCAACCCUAAGAAUCUACGAACAGCACCUCAAAGUAAAGACCAGGAGCUAUCACGAGGAAAUGAAGCCCUUGUGAAAAGCAUUGAAACAAAGAACCCUGUUCGUGUUGUGCGAGGCUACAAGCUUCAAAGUCCAUAUGCACCUGAGUCUGGCUAUCGAUAUGAUGGGAUUUACAGUGUGACUGACUGGUGGAUGGCACCAAGUCGGACAGGUUAUAAGGUCUUCAAAUUUCGACUUGAGCGAAUGGAUGGACAACCUCCUGCACCCUGGAAAACUUCCUGAACUUCCACUAAUUCUUUUUGUUCUAUACAAGGGACUUAAUCUGCUUGUCUUGAAUGUCAUGACACAUUGAGGUUCAAGUUUCUCAAUUAAGGAUUUUCAUUUUUAGCAGAAGUACCCCUGGUAAAUUCUAACUUUGUGCCCUUUGGUUCAGAAGUGAUGUCAAUUGAGCCAAAAGGAAAUUGUGAGGAAAUUGGUGGCAUUAAGGUGUUCGUGACUUGUUUUCAGGGACUCCAGAGCCAUGAGAGCUGCAUUCAUUAUUGAGAGUGACUCAAGAAAAGGAGAAAUGUGCUCAGUCAGCUGUUGAUUUUAUAUUUAAUUGCACAGAUACUGUGGACAUGUUUCCUUGUCAUGUCUCUCCACUCCAAAACCCUGAAUUCCAAAAUCCAACAGUCAUUGCAAGGCUUCAUCUUGAUGCAAAUGAUAAAAUUCUGGUUACCGAUCAUGUGGUGCAUCUAGACGUCUGUCAUCUUUUAGACUAGGUGAAAUCCUCAAAUAGCUAAUGUGAUAAGCCUCCUUCAUUAAACAGUCCUCCCACCCCCUCUUAACACUUUUACUGGUGCAGGCAUGUUUUGAAGUCCAGCAUUCCUUAGUGUUCACUGGCAUGGGCCAGGGAAAGGGU